AAAAAAAAAGAAAGAAAGAAAGAGAUAAUUAAACCCCUAGCGACGUCGUCUCUCCCAUUCUCUCGCGAGUCAGUUGCGAUCCGCCGGAGAAGUCCUCGACGUUUGUUUCAGUUCUGAGCGGCGAACGAUUCUGAUCAUCUCUCUCUGUUUCACGGCGAACCAUGGGGAAGAAUUCGAAGAAGAAGAAGGAGAAGCCAAUCCUUUCCAAAGAGGAGAAGAAUGCUAAGAAGGCGCUCAAGAAGAAGAAUCAGAAAGAGAGGGUGAAGAGUAAGACGGAGAGGAAAGAAGCGAACCGGAGGAAGCGUGUAGAGGAAGAAGACGCACAAGCAAGCCCUAGAUCUACUGCCUCUACCUCAAAGAAGAAGAAGAUGAAGAAGAGUAACGAAAGCCCUACCUCAACGAUCAAGAAAGCUGAGAAGAAGAGGUCAAAAAAGCUCAAGAAACUGGAGAAGUUGAGGGAGCCUCUGAUACUAACCAAGGAAGAACAAGAUAGGAUCGAUGAAUUGAAGAGUAGACCCAUCAUAGCAUGGUGGGAUUUCGAGAAUCUUUCAUAUCCUUGGGUUGGAGUGUAUAAAAUGAUUCUGAAUAAGCUCAGGCGUGAGGGCUAUACUGGUAAGCUUGAGCUCCAUGCCAUUGUGGGGUACAAGGGUGAUAAAGAGCCUAAACAGGACAAGACUUUCACUAUGCAUUACGGUGACCUUAAUCCUAGACCAACCAAGGGAACCAAGGGUGAUCAGAAAGCAGACAAUCAUAUGAGAAAACUGAUCAAUGACUUUCUUGAAGAUGAAGAAAUGGCUCCUCAGAACACGCUUCUCAUCACAAAUGACAACGGUUUCAGGGAGGAAUUGGAUUUGUUGAGAGCCGCUGGACACGGUGUCUUGUUGGCUACUAUGCAAAAGUCUCUGAUUAUCAAAGCGGGAAGCCACAAAGUCUGGUUCUGGAAACACGAGAUUGUCCAACAAGACUAAGUACAAAUCUAGGGAGAAGCAACGAAAGCAGAACAUGCAAGCGAGGAUAGAGAGAAAACGGCAACAUGCACAUAUCUUUUUAGUUUCUCUGUCUUUGUUGCAAUGUCGCUGAUAAUCUUUCUAAGAAACACAAAGUAGAUAGCCACUUGUUCUUUUUUUUGUUGUUGUUUGUUUGUUUGUUUGUCAGCAGCCACUUGUUCUUGAUGUAAAAAAUCACCGUGAGAAACUGAGAAAGUAUAGGUCGGAUUCAUGGAAGAUCAGAGAAUGAAAAGGAUGAAAAUUUCUUGGAAAGCUUCUGUUUUUAUGAGUUUUAAGCGAAAGCGUGUGAGCCAAGCUAACAUGAGUUCUUCAGAUAUAUACAGUAACUUUUUGUUUUAGUCGCAGUACUAUAUGUAUACGUUAACAACUAGAGUUUUUGCUAUUUAUCAUAUUCUUAAAGUAAAAGUUAAUUGAAAUAUUUUUUUCCUUUUGGAAAGGUCACAAAAUUGUGCUGUAUGGAAUUAGCUUUGUAAAGGACUCGUUCCCACGGUUCUUUACUAAACUGCUGUGAAUAGAUUUUUAUUAAAUAAGCUUGAUUGUUUUAUAAAUCAUGCUGUAGAUCUAAAUAGUAAUCUGGAUAGCACCCAAGAUUAGCCCUGGGACGGAUCCGGAUAUCCGGGAAAUUUAGGGUAUCCGGAUCCGGAUCC